GAAGUAACCGGGUAGAUCCGAAGAAGACAUCAGCGUGGGACUUUAUUUUAUGUCUUGGAUUGAAAACUGAAGCUGAUGCAUCUAAAAGGGAUUAUAUUUUACAGCGGAUGAUUUGUGUAUGGUCUGAAGGAGACUGGCGUAGACCACCCUAGCAGGUCUUUCUGGCAAGAAGAACACGUAGUUCCUCGGUUCUAUUUUUCAAAGGCUACUGCGACACCUGACACGCCUGACUGGUUGUAUGGACAAGUGAACCACAAGUCUCCUAGUGCAUUGCUGAGUGUUUUGUAACAUAAAUGGUAGUUGCUACUGGUUGUGUAGCUGAAGAUGUGACGUUUCCAAUUAGGAAAGAUGGAUUUUCAAAACUACUGUCACUUUGUACGAUGUGUAUUUUCAAAAGGAAACGUGUAAACAUUUAGACACAUCGAAAUUGAAGUAUUUCGUCGUGAGCGGAACACAACACAAUGAGGCUGGAAUUGGUGCUGAUGUUCCAAGUCAGCGUCUUUGUAGGAGGCGCCAAGGAAGCGGACGAGAACGGUUUGUGCCUGAAAGAAGAAGUCCUGGGUGAGGCUGCUGGGAACACAUACUAUUGUAACGACCCUGAGUUGCCACUGUGCUGCCAGACAGAUGACAUCCACAAAUGCUGUGAGGCCGAAGACGAGAAGACAUUCAAAGACCAGAUGAUGUUAUGGGGAUUCGUAUGCCUGACCAUUUUGAGCUUCGCCCUGGUAUUCUGCCUACUGACCAGAGAGGGGGACUUCUUUCAGGCAGAAACUUGUAGACAAGCUGCUGAUCGGUUGGCUAGAAAAUGUGGCAUCAAAUGUUUCGCCCGAGAAAGGAAAGAAGACCUUGCCAACAAGCGCUUGGGAAGAGCUGAUUUAAAGAGCAGUCGCGAGGAACUCCAGAGUAUGCCUCUGGCUUGGUUUUAGAAAAUUUAAGCCGACCAUGGGCUGCAUACUGUUAUUUAUAAAUUAAUUAAUCAUAGUUUUACGCAAGUUGUGUCACAAUUUAUAUCGUAUUGAUGCAACGAGUUAUUCUCACGCUGCCUGCACCUUGAAAUGUUCUAAUGCGAACAGAGUUGGUUUAAAGUUGUUUGUUUUGUUUAUUUGUUGUUUAACGCCGCACUCAGCAAUAUUCCCGCUAUAUGACGGCGGUCUGUGUAUAAUCGAGUCUGGACCAGACUAUCCAGUUAUUGAAAUCAUGAGCAUCGAUCCACGCAAUUGGGAUACGUUGACAUGCAUCAACCAAGUCAGCGAGCCUGACCACCGAUCCUGAUCACGCGAUCCCGUUUGUCGCCUUUUACGGCAAGCAUGGGUUGCUGAAGGCCUAUUCUAACCCGGAUCUGCACUGGUAGUUUGCCUUCUGGAUAGGAACUUGUACAAAAACUGUCGGGCAAGCGAAAGCAUACACUUGAAAAAUAGAUUUGACAAAAUAUUACAAACGUCAUCAAAAUGUUACUAUCCUGAACGUAGUCGCCAAGACACUACAAACCGAAGGUCUAAACACAUAUAUGAUACCUAUGGAAACUUAUUAAUGCCACAGUCUACAACACAAUUAUCAUCUACGAAGAUGAUACUUACAUCUACGUAGAAUAUACUUUCAUCUACGUAUGAGAUAUUAUAAUCGUACGUAUCGUGACUCGGGCAGAGAUACUAGUUUAUACAAACAUAUAUAUUUAAAAAAAAGGUGAUUAUCACUAUUAAUAUAAUGAAUGUUUGGGAACAUGUUGGUCGUUUAUUUUCACGUGGCCUUUUCCGUAUUUUUUCACAAUAUGUCGAGAUCAUUUCAAAUUGUCAAACUAUCAGCGCGAAAAUAAAAAAGGACAAACUGCAGAAUUGUGCCUACAGUGCUUCAUAAGAUGAUGACGAGUAUUGGUUUGAUAUAGUUUUCAUAGCUUCAAUUUCUCACCCUUCACCUCCACGAUUUACCCUUGAAACCUCAUUUUCGUAAUGGAGAAAACAUGAGACUCAACAUAUUCGAGUUAAACCGACUUAAACCUUGUUAUGAAUGAUAUAUAAUUUCGCUAAAAUUUUGAAUAAUGACCAAUAGUCGUUUGGUUUUUUUGGGUUUGGAGACCAUUUUGUACUCCCCUCUCUUUAUCGGGGCGGUGGGGUAGCCUAGUGGUUAAAGCAUUCGCUCGUCACACCGAAGACCUGGGUUCGUUUCCCCACAUGGGUACAAUGUGUGAAGCCCAUUUCUGGUGUACCCCGCCUUGAUAUUGCUAAAAGCGGCGUAAAACCAUACCCACUCACUCACUCCUAUCUUUAUCACGGUUGUAAGAAAGUACGGCGUUUGUCAUUCUUCAUUCAAAAGCUGAUCUUGAUGUAAUGUGAGAUGAAAUGUGAGAUGAAAUAGGCACGCACCUGCUCCACAGUCUAACUAGCUUCUAGCACAUUCCCAGCUGAUUUCACACAGUGCUAUCCGAGUCCAGUGUCACGAGAACAUCACAGAAUAAUCAACAUGUUUCUAUAUCGCUUGAGAUCUAUCCAUGAAGUUUCCGUUCCGGAAGUUUACAGAUAAUUCGAACAUCUAAAUACAGGUUACACACAACCAAAUGUUUUCCCAUAGACUUCUGCAGUAACGUUAUAUUUAA